AUGUGCGGCCGCAAAGUGGAGCAACCACGCUCCUCUGCUUCCAAUCCUUGUGGCAAAAAGACUCACCUCAGAAGAAGAGAUUUGAAAAUUGAUGAAAAAAAGCCUGAAACAAGGCCUCGCUCUCCAGUUCCUCUUACAAUGACAGUGAAAUCCAUUAAUAUCAAGAUUAGCAUUGCUAAACAGUGUGCAAUAUCAGAACCUCUACCGAGCAAAUCCAGAAUUUAUACAGAUAUUAAUGUACACAAGCCCCAAGAAUACUGGGACUAUGACUCAUAUAUUUUAGAAUGGGGAAAUCAAGACAAUUACCAACUCCUUCGAAAAUUAGGCCGGGGAAAAUAUGGUGAAGUGUUUGAAACUAUUGACAUGACUAAUAAUGAAAGAAGGGCUGCUAAAAUUCUCAAGCCCGUAAACAUUAAGGAAGUCAAGCGUGAAGUUAAGAUCUUGAAAAUUUUGCAAGGUGGUCCCAAUAUCAUCCGUUUGAUAGAUAUUGUACAAGAUCCCAUGUCUCUAACACCUGCCUUGAUUUUUCCAUAUGUGAAUAACACAGACUACAAGGAACUGUACGAAAUGUUAACAGAUUUUGAAAUUCGAUUUUACACCUAUGAGAUUUUGAAUGCCUUAAAUUACUGCCAUAGUAUGGGCAUCAUGCACAGAGAUGUGAAGCCACAGAAUGUCCUAAUUGAUCAUAAUGAGAGAAAGUUAAGGCUCAUAGAUUGGGGGUUAGCCGAAUUUUAUUAUCCAGGCCACAAAUACACUGUUCGAGUCGCUUCCCGAUACUACAAAGCUCCUGAGCUUAUUGUAGGUUAUGAGAUGUAUGAUUAUAGCCUAGACAUCUGGGGCGUAGGAUGUAUGUUAGCUAGUAUGAUAUUUCACAAAGAACCAUUUUUUCAAGGACUUGACAAUAAUGAUCAACUGGUGAGAAUGGCCAAAGUUCUUGGCACAUCAAGAUUAUUUGAUUACAUUGAUAAAUAUAACAUUGGAAUAGAUCCAUCUUUUAUGGCUAGGUUGGGCAAACACUCCCGUAAACAAUGGGAUCGCUAUGUGAACAGAGAAAACCGGGAUCUCGUGAGUCCAGAAGCAUUUGAUUUACUGAACAAGAUGCUGCAAUAUGACCAUCAGACAAGGAUCACCGCCAAAGAAGCCAUGGAUCAUCCCUAUUUCUGUACAAUUAUGAAGGAGGAGAAUAAGACAUGUUCAUCUAGAAAGCCGGAGGGCAAUUCGCCUCUCAACAAGAACUGUAUGAAGGCAUAA